AUGGCACCAGCAGGAAAGAAGACAAGCAAGAACAAAUCAUCCGAGGAUAACAACAACAACAAUGAUAAUCACAGAGAUGGAGAUGGUGUGCCCGACGCAUUGCUCGAGAACCAAAGAACAAGAGUCACAGUAGGCAACUCUGGCAAUGAGAAUACAAGAGGAGUAUACUACAGCGGUGCUUACACAUCAUUGGGCUAUGACAACAGUUUCAGUCUGGAGAAGUUUAAGAAGAACUUUAAGAUUAAGGUGCUGUCUGAUCAGCCUGAGCAUUUGGUGUUUGAGAUGAUCGGUGUCGAUGCACCAAUCGCCAAUGCACUACGUCGUAUCCUUAUCUCUGAGAUCCCAACAAUGGCCAUCGAACGCGUCUAUAUGAUCAACAAUACCUCCAUCCUUCAAGACGAAGUACUUGCUCACCGUCUCGGUCUCAUCCCCAUCAAGGUCGACCCAUCCAAAUUCAACUACAAACAACCAAACAAGGAAUACACAGCAGAGGAUACUAUUAUCUUCUCAUUGAAGGUUAAAUGUUAUAGAGAUCAAAAGACAGGAGAGAUCGUCAAUGAGACUGUUUACUCGAAGGAUCUGAAGUGGGUACCCACGGAGGACCAGCAGGAGAUCUUUGACGAGGAUGACAAGCCUCGUCCAGCCGUCGACGACAUCCCCAUCGUCAAACUGCGUCCGGGUCAGGCACUCGAGGUGCAGUGCUAUUGCGAGAAGAACAUUGGACGUGAACACAUCAAGUGGUCGCCCGUCGGCACCGCCAGCUACAAGAUCAUGCCAUUGAUCACCGUCUCGCCCAAGGUCACUGGCGAGAAGGCUGAGAAGCUCAAGAACUCCUGUCCCAUGAAGGUCUUUGACAUUGAAGAUUCCGGUCAAGCAUUCGCUGCUCGUCCACUCAACUGUACCAUGUGUCGCGAAUGUAUUAGAGAUCCAGAGAUGGAGCCACUCGUCAAGUUGGAGCGUAUUAGAGAUCAUUUCAUUUUUUCCAUCGAGUCUGUUGGCACUCUCGAGCCCAAGUCAUUGUUCAAGCAGGCCAUUCAGAUAUUGAUUGACAAGUGUGUAACUGUAGAGAACUCACUGCGAUCAAACGUCUAA